AUGGAUCCUCUAUCUAUUAUCAGCGGCUGCGCUGGCCUCAUCACAGCUAUCGGCAGCUUGAGCACAUCCAUUAACACUUUUGUGCGCAGCUGUCGAGAGGCCCGCAGCGACCUAGACAGGGUAUCGCGCGAGCUUCAUUCUCUCCAGACAGUCCUUGAACUCAUCGAAGAAGACGCCAAAGAUGACACGAAGCCAUUCCCACUAACAAUCCAACACCAUGUGUCGGGAAUCGUAACAAACUGCGGCUCUGUGGUUCUCGAAGUUGAGACAUGUAUCAAGAAGUAUGGAGAUGGACGCAUCAAGAGCAAAGCCGCUUGGGCUAUCAACGGCCAGGGCGAUAUGGAGAAGCUGAGAUCCAGUUUGGAAGCUCACAAAUCAGCCCUGGAACUGGCUCUCGACAUGAUAUCCUUAUCUUUGACGAAAGAUAUCAAAACCGAUACUACGGAAAUCCGCAACGAUACAGCAGCCAUCAAAGACGACACAGCUUUGAUCCUGCAGGAGAUUGCGCAGCUUCAAGCUCGAUUACCCGAUACCGCUGCUGCUCCAAACGAUUAUAUUCUUCAGAGGUUCCUCGAAGAUAUGGCGACAUAUACUGAGACGGCUCUCGAUGCAGAAGUCGAUCUUUGUGAUCGCACGAGCUGUAGAUCUUUACCGAUACCCGAUGAGCACAGCCAAAACUCACCCGUACAUGUACAAGAUCAUCUACCAAUCGUAGCAGCAGAGGAUCCAGGCACCUACGAAGCUAGCCUGUUAGCCUUCAGAAAGAAGGUACAACACCUUUCCUCUCCAAGACCACACAACUACGGUCGUGUUCAGCCUUCGAGACCAGAUAAAGAUGUCCCUCAGCGCCCAAAAGGACCCGGUCCCGUAUCCUCUUAUUCUGAGGUCUUCUACAAAAAAGAAGUUGCACCAGCUAAUGAUCCUCGAGUAUCUCGUUCGAGCGCCCUAGCAUCGAGUUCUAGAAAUGAAGAAAUGCAACAUCAAAUCACGCCUUCGCCCGUGGGAGUCCACCAAGACGACAGCCACAAACAAUCUUCCCUUUCUGACUUCGCGCUACUGGACGACUUCGAUCCUCUAUGGCGAGAGCGCUAUGGCGAAUAUCUCCACGAUAAAGCGUUCUCAAAUGACGCAGUCAGAGAGAAUCAGGAGUUUGUUAUCAGCCUCUUGAAAGAAGUCAAGGCGGAGAUGCCAUACUAUCCACAACAAAAUUACCCACCGCCGCCCAUUGCCUAUGUCCGGGCGGAGAGUGACCAAGGUCAACCGCUGCCAUCAAUACGUGCUCCCCAGCACACGAAUCCCCUCAACGCGGCUUCUCUUGGAUCGCCUCAACAAUUGAUGCCGUACAUAGUACCGACUGACGGACCGAUUCCGAGAGAAGAAGAUACUGUCACAUCACUACCCAGGGCAAAAUAUUUGUCCCGUCAAGGAGAAUACCAUAUCCAAAGAUUUAGAGGCAAUGUGGUCUUUGACCUUCCAGUACCCGACUGGAUUCUUACCUGCCACUCUACCCCUCCAGAUCGGAACGAAUCUACUCAUAGGAGAAUCAGCUUCAUCACUUGCCCACCAGAAGAGUUUGCAGAUCAGAAUUAUACAUUGAGACCGGAACUCUUUGCUCGGCCGCGGCAAACGCAAUUUAUCCUAGUCAUACAAGUGGACCCUGACGAUACGGACUUCAUAUUGCGCUGGAAUCUGAUUCACGAUUCUAUUGCAUAUGCUCAACAACAAUCACAUGGGUUCUGGAAGCGUGUUAUUGUACAUUUACACUUAGCUUAUGGAACGACAUGGGGAGCCCGUAGCAGUGAUCAUCCAUUAGAUGUGCUGGAGUCUAUUGGAGCAAAACAGAUAAUGAACACCAGAAUCGCAAGAAUAGACUCUCAGCCUUUUGGAGAGCCGAUAGGGGAGGACACAUCUGCGAUCAGCGGGCAUAGGGUUCAUGCCAUCAUGUCAGAGUAUACUGUCCAGCUAUGCCCAGUAGAGGAUCCGCCCAGUACAGUGGCCACCACGGAAGUCCCAAUCCAAGUUGUGAUUACAACAGCUCGUGUUCCAGAAGGCUUAUGCGCUUACUGGCGCGAUAGAUACAUCCCAUGGACAUGCGCCAUAAACAAGGUCCUUAAAGCUGAGCAUGUCAUAGAUAUGAACGUAAUUUCCCACAAUUCUAUGUUGAAAAAUGAUUUCCUGUGGGAAAUAUUGAGAAUGGAUAGGCAUAUCCCUUUUGUCAAGGAUAAACCGUUUCCAGGCACUGAUUUAGAAGUCUUGAGAUUUGACAGCUUGAUUGGUGAAAUGCGAGCAAACGAAAACGGAGGACCCUGGGCAAUCGAAAAGAAGCCAAGAAAACGGUGGGCUAGGUGGUUAAAGUGA